AUGGCGGAUCGCGACGAUUUCAAGAGAGAAGAAGAUGACGAAGCGGAGGAGGAGCUCGAUGAGACCGACUACAAGAGCCAGAAAGAUGCCAUUCUCUUGGCCAUCGAUGUGAGCUCCUCGAUGCUGCAGCCUCCGCCAGAGUCAAAAUCCAAAAAGGCAGACAAGGACAGUGCCGUCCAGGCCGCACUAAAAUGCGCCUACCACUUGAUGCAGCAGCGCAUCAUCUCUAAUCCCAAGGACAUGAUGGGCAUUCUCUUCUUCGGCACGGAAAAGUCCAAAUUCCAAGACGAGACUGGUCGUAGCGGUCUUGGUUAUCCCCACUGCUACCUCUUCACCGACCUGGAUGUUCCCGCGGCAGAAGAUGUCAAGGCACUGAAGACGUUGGUCGGCGUGGAUGGAGAGGAGGGAGACGACGAGGAUGAGGUCCUGGUGCCGACGAAGGAGAGUGUACAGAUGUCUAACGUCUUCUUUUGCGCAAACCAAGUCUUCACAACUAAGGCUGCGAACUUCGGUAGCAGGCGACUCUUCAUCAUCACCGACAACGACGAUCCUCACGCAACAGACAAGGCCGCCAAGUCGGCUGCCGCUGUACGCGCAAAGGAUUUGUACGAUCUCGGUGUUGUAAUCGAACUGUUCCCAAUCACAAGAGACGACAAGAAGUUCGAUCUCAGCAAGUUCUACGAUGAUAUCAUCUAUCGGGACCAGACUGCUGAGGCCAACCUCUCCGAAGUCCGCAACUCCAAAUCGGGAGACGGCAUCACCCUCCUCAACUCUCUCGUCUCAAACAUCAACUCCAAAGAAACCCCCAAGCGUUCUCUCUUCUCAAAUAUUCCCUUUGAGAUCGCCCCGGGAUUGAGGAUAUCCGUAAAGGGUUACAACAUCAUCCACCGCCAAACCCCAGCCAGGACGUCCUACGUUUGGCUCGACGGCGAAAAGCCGCAACUCGCAGUAGGCGAGACCACUCGAAUGGCAGAUGAUAGUGCCCGCACAGUCGAGAAGCCAGAGUUUAAGAAAGCCUACAAAUUCGGAGGCGAGUAUGUUCACUUCACCACCGAAGAGCAGAAGUCCCUCAAGGACUUCGGCACCCCCAUCAUUCGCAUUAUCGGCUUUAAACCCCGCUCAAUGCUUCCCUUCUGGGCCAGCGUCAAGAAAUCUACCUUCAUCUUCCCUUCCGAAGAAGACUACGUUGGCUCAACGCGCGUCUUCACUGCUCUCUGGCAGAAGCUCCUCAAAGAUAAAAAGAUUGGCGUCGCUUGGGCCAUUACCCGCUCCAAUGCGAACCCUAUCCUCGUUGCCAUCAUCCCCUCUCACGAGAAAUCCGAAGACGACUCUGCGACCCCUUUCCUUCCUGCAGGCCUCUGGCUCACACCGCUGCCGUUUGCAGACGACCUCCGGGACGGUCCCGAGCCGCCUGCAGAUAUCGUCCGCAGUACCCACGAGCUCACGGAUAAGAUGCGCACCAUCGUCCAGCAGCUGCAACUGCCAAAGGCCAUGUACAACCCCAAGAAGUACCCGAACCCGGCGUUGCAGUGGCAUUACCAGAUUCUCCAAGCGCUUGCCCUCGAAGACGAGUUGCCCGAGAAAGCGGAGGACGCCACGGAGCCCAAGUACAAGGCCAUCAGCAAGCGUGCUGGCGGAUACUUGGACGACUGGGCCGAAACGCUACAGGUGGAGACGAAGACGGCGCUGGCGAAGCAGGCUAUCAAGCGCGACGCAGACGAUGACGCCGACGAGAGGCCUGCCAAGCGGGCUAGGCCUGCAAAGGCGUCCGGGUCGGACAUGUCGACGGCGGACCUCAAGGCUAAGGUGGCCGAUGGAAGUUUAAGCAAGAUCACGGUCGCCGAGCUGAAGAACGUUCUUGGUGCCAAGGGACUCAGCACCUCUGGAAAGAAAGCUGAGCUUGUAGAGAGGCUUGAGGAAUGGGUUGAUAGCAAUGCUUGA